GUUCUUCGCCAAUUGUUGUGAAGUUUGCCGACACACAGAAGGACAAGGAGCAGAAGCGUAUGGCUCAGCAGCUCCAACAGCAGAUGCAGCAGCUCAAUGCAGCCACCAUGUGGGGCAACUUGGCUGGACUCAAUACACUGGGACCUCAGUAUUUAGCACUCCUACAGCAGUCAGCCUCCUCGGGGAACCUCAAUGCACUGAGCAACCUACAUCCCAUGGCUGGCCUGAAUGCCAUGCAGUUACAGAACCUUGCUGCUCUGGCUGCAGCGGCAAGUGCAGCUCAGAACACGUCACCAGGCACCAAUGCAUUGACAACAGGCAGCAGUCCCCUGAAUGCACUGACCUGUUCAGGGUCUUCAAGCAGUAACAGUACCAGCUCCUCAUCGGUGAACCCAAUGGCAUCGCUGGGGGCUCUGCAGACACUGGCAGGGGCAUCGGGCGGUCUCAACGUCAGCUCUUUAGCAGGUAUGGCGGCUUUGAAUGGAGGGCUUGGAUCUGGAGGCCUGUCGAAUGGUACAGGCAGUGCCAUGGACGCUCUGACCCAGGCAUACUCAGGGAUUCAGCAGUACGCAGCUGCAGCACUCCCCUCCCUCUACAACCAGUGUCUCCUCAGCCAACAGAGCCUCAGCGCAGCCGGAAGUCAGAAAGAAGGACCAGAGGGAGGUAAUCUAUUUAUAUACCAUCUGCCCCAGGAGUUCGGCGAUCAAGAUCUGCUCCAGAUGUUUAUGCCUUUCGGGAAUGUUGUUUCUGCCAAGGUUUUCAUUGACAAGCAGACAAACCUGAGUAAAUGCUUUGGAUUUGUAAGCUAUGACAACCCAGUUUCCUCACAGGCUGCCAUACAAGCAAUGAAUGGCUUUCAGAUUGGCAUGAAGCGCCUCAAAGUUCAACUAAAGCGCUCGAAGAAUGACAGCAAGCCAUACUGAGCUGUUGUCAAAAUAAACUUGAGUUUAAACCCGUUAACUGGUAAGU